CGCGGGCUCCGCGGGCUUCUGAAAGUCCGAGAGUGCAGGUUCUCUCCGUCACGAUCUGUACACUCUCCAAUCCACCAACAAGAACAUCGUGAAUGCAUACCCCCCAAAAAAGCUUCGGCAAUAGCUCUGGAACUCCAGGAAGACACUCUGAGUGGUAUGAAGCUUGCUUGUUUGAGAUGCAAACGCAAGAAGAUCAAAUGUGACAAGGGCGAUCCUAUUUGCCAUCAAUGUAUUACCGCCAGCACUGAAUGUGUAUAUGCCCAACGCCAGAAAAGACCGCGAUUGUCACAGAAGCAGGAUGUUCGAGAGUUGAGUAGAAGAAUCGAGUCCCUUGAGCAACAUCUUCACGGUGCAGAAUCUCAGACUCCUCCCUCCGCUCAUGCUACGUGCAUAUCCGCCGACACAACAGCUGAUGCCCCGACGACUUCCUCCCCCUCUGACGCAGUGGCAAGAGAAACGGGAAAAGAGUCAUGGAUCUACCGUCUGGCCAGCGACACCAGACAGAGAUUUGAGGAAGUAAACACGCACCAUCAUAGCACACCUGUCGAUACACCCGAGUCGUCGAGCGUAGAUGAUGCCAUUGUUGGCCUCAAAGAAGCCCUAAGUGACUUGGAAAAAGUCAGGCUCCAGCCUGAUGAGGGUGCUCCGCGAGCUCCUGACCUGGUUCUCACGCCAGAGGAAUCAAAGAGAUGUGUCAAAGUCUUCAGAGAGAUGAUAAACACAAUGUGGAUACCGGACCUAUUACCUGAGAUGUUAAUCUCUAGCUUGGACCUGGACCUGCUCGAAGUUCUUCCUGAUCUGCUCAACUCGCCCUACGUCAGCGUGGAUCCUGCAAUGCGGGUUGUCUAUUACAAUGCGCUUUUCUUCGGCUUUCACAGACUGCGUGGGCCAGGGAACAAAUUCUCGAAGCUGGCAUACUUCAAGGUUUUGGAAGCAGUGCCGGAAUGGUUGAGCAAGGCUAGUGGCACAGAACUAGACGCACUUUGUGCUACUGUUACGUCAUGGAUCGCAGUGAACAACUUCGACUAUCAGCUCUCCUGGAAGUUUCACUGCCGAGCCUGCCAUUUCAUCAAACAGAAAGGCGUAGACAGACUUGAUGCCUUCCCCAGCCGCUCCAAUGAGGAGGAGGAAAGGCGGCAGAGCCUCCGUCACUUAUACUGGUUCGUCCUUCCUACGGAUCUGCUCUUCCGCCUGUUUUAUGGCAAACCUGCGUCCCUUCACUGGAAGAUCGGCAAAGUCUUACCUCCAUCACUGUUCACCACGAAGAGCAUGAAUCCGUCCGCAGCCCAAACAACGGUUGUUGUCAUAUGGAUUCGGUACGCGACCAUGACGGCUGGGAUUUUCGAUGUCUUGGACGAGUGUCCGGACGGGCACUACGGUGCUGAUAUCCUCCGCCAGGUGGACGCGUACUGUUCGCAACUGGAGGCCCUAGUCGCAGAAUGGAAUCUUAUGGAUCUCAUGAAGUCCACAAACACCUCCACACCCCUCUCCUGGCUGUACGGCGACCACCUCAUGGUCGUCUACGCCAGCAUCGUCAGCAUCCGCCGCCUGACGCGCAACCCGCACUCCUCGGUCCCCCUCGUCGACACCACCACUCUCCGGGCCGCCCGCACCGUCAUCUCCAUCAUUCUGCACUUCAACCCAACCGCCGCUCCACCCGCUCCAGAUGAGAAUUACUUCCUCUUCUUCCACUUCAUCACGCUGUAUCCUUUCUGCGCCGUCUUCACUCUCUACGAGCACGUGCUGGCGUCCGCGGAGCCGGACGACUGCGAGGAAGACCUCAGAGCAUUGGAGAGUGUCGGCGAGGUCAUGAGCCGGGCGUGCGAAGCCAACGCGGAUUUUGGACCCUUGGCGAACAUUGUCAAGGCGUUGAAUCGUGUGUCGAGGGCUAUGCAGGAGGUGAAGAGGAAUAGGAGGGCACAGGCGCAGAAGCCAACAGCGGGGCCAACAGACGGUCACCUCGGUGUGAAUACUCCUCGAACCGGGCACUCGGACGUGACUACCGCCACCUCACUGUCGACGGAACAACACCUAGCAGACGCGUUCAGCAGGUCCAACAGCGCCCCUGAACACCAAAUUCCACCCCUUCACUUCUUCCCCCGCCCUACCAACAACCUCCUCUCCCUUUCUCCCCCACAUCAUUGGCCCAACUCCCCCAACAACCGCUCGACUUCGUCCGCGCACUGGAAAACGACUUCAUGGGCCGAAGCUGGCACGAAGAGUGGUGGGAAUGGGAUUUCGACCUGGGCAUUGACGGCAGUAAUGGCGCUACUGGUACUGGGACUGGUACGCUCGGUGGGAAUGAAGAUAGGUAGUGUGUGUGGGAUGGAGGGGUCUGAGCGAGUGAGGAGAAGAGAAAUAGCAAUGGAUCCACAUUGACAGAGAGCAUAGCUCGCUCCCUUUUGCAUACAAAUAAGUAGAAUAAAAAGUAAAGAGAAGGGCCGGAUAGACUUCAAGAUACCGCCCUUUAUAUCCUACAAUAUCUUCAGAAGAAGCUCGAAUG